CCGCCAUGAUGGCAGCCUCAAGUAGAGGCAGCAGAGCCGUUCGCGGCAUCUUCUCAUCAUCCACGCUGUGCUCCCGAUGCGCAACCACAUACAGCGCAGGGACAGCAGCAGCAAUAGCAGCAUCUCCCCGCUUCUACUCUGCAGCCGCCGCCACCACGACGACAGAAGCAGCCGUUUCCAGCACGCCUUCUCCUCCGCCGGCUACGGCGACGACCUCCACCAAGACGACGACGACGACGACGACGACGCCGUACCCGUACGACAUCCGCUCCGGCCUCAUCCUCACGCGGCCGCCGCUCCUGACGCGGACGCUGCACCCGUUCGAGAACGCCUUCUUCUUCUACCAGAAGCGCCUGGAGGAGCGCCUCAACACGCCCUUCAUCACGAGCAUAUACUUCAAGCCCGACACGGCGGCCCAGCUCGACUGGAGCAUCAAGGUGCAGGAGCGCGGCGGCACCGUCGCCAAGGAGCUGGGCACGUACCACGGCAAGAGCUCGCGCGCGUGGGACGACGAGCUGCGCGUCGGCGACCCGCUGAGCGCGCGCGAGACGGUGCUCGAGAGCCUGCUGCGGGACGCGGCGCCGAGGGUGAGCGACGACGCCGAGGUGAUUGCGCCCGAGGACGUGGUGCCCGUCGAGAGGCCUGCGGAGAGGAUCUCGGAGGCGGACCGCAAGGGGGAUGGGUGGGGGUUCCCGGCUGAUGUCUUGCAGGAUGAGAAUCUUCACGAGGCCGCAAAGAGAGUGCUCGACCAAGCCGCGGGCGUCAACAUGAACACAUGGCUCGUCGGCCGCGUCCCCGUCGCGCACCUCGUCCAGGAGCCCGUCCUCGGCGCCGACGGAACCGUCCAGAAGAGGGGCCGCAAGACCUUCUUCCUCAAGGGCCGCAUCAUGGCCGGCCAGGCGGACCUCAAGGGCAACCCGUUUGGCUACACGGACUUUAAGUGGCUGACGCGGGAGGAGCUGGAGAAGGAGCUUGCGCCCGAGUACUUUAAGGGGGUGAGGAAUAUGAUGGCUGACAGGUAAAAAGAGAAAGGGGUGUGAUGAUAUAACAUACAUAUAAAAAGAUGAUGAAUGGAUGGGGGACUUGUAACAUUAGGGAUUUGUAUAAUGUACCUUAUUAUACAAUGCUUUGCGGCGGCUGAUGGAUGUGU